AUGCCAACCUUAGAUGAUAUUCUAGAGCACAUUGGAGAGUUUGACUUGUAUCAGAAAAGAGCAUUUUUUGUCUUGUGUUUGCUCUCUGCUGCCUUCACACCAAUCUAUGUUGGUAUUGUUUUCUUAGGUUUUACUCCUGAGCAUCGUUGCCGGACAGCUGGGCUUCCUGAAUUAACAACCAGAUGUGGCUGGAGCCUUGAAGAAGAGCUGAAUCAUACCUUUCCAAAGAAAGAAACUCAUGGUGAUGCUUUCAUUAGUCAGUGCCAGAGAUACAAUGUCGAUUGGAAUGUAUCUGGGCUGAACUGCACAAAUCCAAUUAAUUUUUUCACUGCUGACAGCAACAUCAGCCACAUCCCUGUUGUUGCAUGCCAAGAUGGUUGGCUUUAUGAUUUCCAUGGAUCAUCCAUUGUGACUGAGUUUAACCUGGUGUGCAAAGAUGCUUGGAAACUGGAUCUAUUCCAGUCAUGUGUGAAUGUGGGCUUUUUUCUUGGUUGCGUAAGCAUCGGCUACCUGGCAGACAAGUUUGGCCGAAAAAGGGUCUUACUAAUUACCAUCCUAAUAAAUUCUAUCUCUGGUGUUCUUGUGGCCGUUGUCCCUAGUUACACAUGGGUAGUGGUUUUUCGCUUGAUACAAGGACUGGUCAGCAAAGGAGGCUGGUUAACAGGAUAUAUCUUGAUUGCAGAGUUUGUUGGUCUGAACUAUAGAAGAACAGUUGGUAUUGUUUAUCAAGUGGCCUUCACUGUUGGACUCCUCAUACUCGCUGCUCUUGCUUAUGGAAUUCCUCACUGGAGAUGGCUUCAAAUUGCUGUCACAUUGCCAAAUUUCUUCUUUUUGCUGUAUUAUUGGUGUCUUCCAGAAUCCCCAAGAUGGUUGAUAGCCCAGCAGGAAAAUGACAAAGCCCUGAAAAUUAUUAAACGUAUUGCCAAAGGGAACCAAAAGAAGCUGCCACCAUCCAUGGAGAAACUUCAGCCUGAGGAUGAAAUAAGCGAUAAGCCUAACCCUUCCUUUACAGAUCUGGUGAGAACACCGCAGAUAAGGAAACAUACAUUAAUCUUAAUGUACACUUGGUUUACCAGCGCUGUAGUGUAUCAGGGCCUCAUCAUGCAUUUGGGAAUUGGCGGAGGCAACAUUUACCUGGACUUUUUCUAUUCUGCUCUUGUGGAAUUCCCUGCUGCCAUCAUACUCAUAGUCACAGUUGACCGCAUAGGCCGCCGUUUUCCCUGGGCUGUGGCCAAUUUUAUGACAGGAAUCUCCUGUCUCAUUACUGCCUUAGUUCCUGAAGAUCUCUAUUGGCUAAAAAUGACUGCAGCUUGCUUUGGCAGGCUGGGUAUUACAAUGUGCUAUGAAAUGGUUUGUUUAGUCAACGCAGAGCUCUACCCAACCUUCCUCAGGAAUAUGGGGGUUCUUGUCUGCUCUUCCAUGAGUGAUAUUGGGGGGAUCAUAACUCCGUUCAUUGUCUAUAGAUUGGCAAAUAUUUGGCACGAACUUCCGCUUAUUGUCUUUGCUGUCAUUGGCCUUGUGGGUGGUGGCCUGGUGUUGCUCUUACCUGAAACCAAAGGGAAAACUUUACCUGAGACUAUUGAUGAUGCUGAGAACCUGCACAGACCAGGGAGGCCCAAAGAAAAAAUGAUUUAUCUUCAUGUGCAGAACUCAGAUGUGUCAAUUUAA